AAUUUUUGCUUUAAAGAGUUUUUUGCUUCGGGAAGUGUCAAUAUCAAUCGGUGCUUUACAUUAAUGGUACGACUUAAAACAGAAUUUUAUGCUCUUUAAAUUGAAAAAUACCAUUUUUUUAAUUAUAGAUAUGGGAAACACUCUAGUGUACAUAAAAAGUGCCGGUCAUUAAAUUUUGUAUGACACCAAGCGGAGCCGAACAAAAGUCGAAUUAUUGUAAGAAUUUAUAAGUUUGAAUAAAAAAAAUUUAGUAAAUGUUCCAAUAAUAACAAUCCAAAAUGAGCGUACGUGCUAUUGAAAGCGAUCACUGCUUUCAGCAAGAAUUGGAAGCAGUUGGUGUUCGUUUGGUUGUGGUCAAUUUUAUAGCCAAAUGAGGUAUGUUUUUUGUAUCAUUGUGCACCAGUUGGCAGCUAAUUGAAUCACACUUUGAACAACUACCAAACAAGUAUCCACGAGCGAUUUUCCUGAUAUUGAUAAGUGUCAAAACACAGCUAUAACACAGUGUGUUACGUUUCCAACGUUAUUCUUCUACAGAAAUAAGAAAAACAUUGAUCAUCUUCAAAAUGCCAACUUGGCUGAAUUGGAAGCAAAAAUCCAACAACACAUUGGUAGUGGUCAUGUCGAUUCAGGUGAAGACCUGGAACAGGGUUUGAUGGAUCUCAAAGGACUGAUCACAAAAAACCAGUGUGAAUGUUUGGGCGGGACAGAUGAUUAUCCAUUGGAACACGUAUUCACGGACGGUGGCAAUUCUUUAAAGUCCGAUUUCGAUGAUCAGCUCAUUUUGUCGGUCAAUUUCAAUCAAUCGAUCAAAAUACAUGCCAUAAAAUUGAAAGCACCCGAGAAAUUUGGACCGAAAACGCUGAAAUUAUUCAUCAAUCAGAUCGCAACUAUGAGCUUUGAACAAGCCGAAUCAUGUCCGGCCGUUCAAGAUAUGAUCGUCGAUCCAAAGGACUUGGCAGGAAAUCUUAUCAAUUUACGACCGGUGAAGUUUGCGGUCGUAAAUAGUAUCCAGAUUUUCAUAAUAAACAAUCAGAGCGGGAGCGGAUCAACACAACUCGACUACAUUGGUUUCAUUGGAUCACCGUUACCAGCGGGCAACAAUUCUAUUUCAACGGAUGUGGAUAUUGAAGGUAUUAAGCAACACAAACAAAAAAUCAUCAAUUUAUUGAAAUCAGAUAGACCACCCAAAAUAAACGAUAUGGAGGAGUAUUUUUGGACUGGUUACAGUCCGAAAACUCUCGGCGAACUAUAUGAUAAAAGACACGAAUUAUUGUCGAUAAUACAUGAUUCAAAUUUAUUUGCUCAGAAAAUUGCCGAAAUCGUCCAACAGCAUCAUUUAGAUGCAGCUACGGAAAAUAAGAAAGCCACUUAAAAUCGAAAAUAAAACAAAAAAACAAAUGUGACUCACAAUGUCCCAUUUAAGUUCGAAUUUUUGCUCCUCAAAAUAUUCAUAAGAAAAUGCUAUUAAAAACCUGAAUACGAUUAAAAAUACAACUGACAAUGAGAUUUAAAACAAGCUUUCAAAUGUUUUUUUGGCAGGAGUUGAUUAAAAAAAAAAAAACAAUUCUUAUUGUACGCUCUCAGAAGGAUGAAAUGCCAACAGCUUCGAAUUGCCGAAAUAUAAAACAAAAUAUAUAAUAUAAUUUGAACAUCGAUUGAACCCUAUUUUGGUGAUUUUUAUAUUUUCAUACAUCCAGAAUUGUCAAAAGUAAGAUAUACCAAGGUUUACUGGUCAGUAUAUCCUUUUAAAACGGUUUACCCGAAUUUCCGUGCGUCGGAGCUGACACACAUCAAUAUCACUACAAUAUUAUUCCAGACAAACACCAUCAAACUAUGACCUUAUUGUUGAAAUGGAGUUCAUUGCUUUAAAUUUCUGCUGAUGUUAUAAAAAAGCCGAAAUAACAUAUUUCGCGAUCAUACAUUUUUUCUGAAAUUCUGAAUGAAUUUUUUUUAUGUCCCAAAAAAAUUGAGUAUAUAUUCGAGUUCCUGGCAUUAUGACAUUUAUUUUGUGAUUAAAUAAGAAGAGUUUCAAAGAGAGUGUAGAAGAAAUUUUUCGAAACAAUUGAAGUUUAAUUUAUUUAAUAGUAUUGAUUUCAAAAUUCACAUAUGAUAAUAGCAAAUCAUGGGACUUUACGAUUCCGUAUCAGUUCAAAUGUAUCUUUAGAUAAAACAAUGUAACUUGUUGCCGCCGCUGCUGUUGUGAGACCAGUAAAAUACCACAUGCACACUAGUGUAGAAUGAGCUGAAUGUAAUU